AUGGUGCCCUUCCCUCCCUUCCCGGCUUGUAUCACCGCAGCGAUCGACUCCAGCCUCCGCGCCUCAAGGCAUCUCCUUUGCAAGGGGAGCUCUUCCUGCCCGGUAGCUAAGGAGCCUCCCUUUUCUUCCGGCUCUUUUCUUCCAAAGCAGCCCUGGUCGCCGGCACAAAACAGCCCGCCUGCUCGAGAGCUGCAGAGCCUGACGCCUGGCUGUGCUUUGUGCCCCACAGUGUGCAAGUUCGUGGCGCUGGAGCUGAAAUCCGCUUUCGAGGAGACGGGCAAGACCAAGGAGGUGAUCGACACGAAGUAYGGCUUCCUGGAUGGGAAGGGCUCGGCCGUCAAGUACACACAGUCGGAUGUGCGGUUAAUUGAGGUGACGGAGAACAUCUGCAAGAGGCUCCUGGACUACAACCUGCACAAGGAAAGGAGUGGCAGCAACAGGUUUGCAAAGGGCAUGUCGGAGACGUUCGAGACGCUGCACAACCUGGUGCACAAGGGCGUCAAGGUGGUCAUGGACAUUCCCUACGAGCUGUGGAACGAGACCUCAGCGGAGGUGGCCGACCUCAAGAAGCAGUGCGACGUGCUGGUGGAGGAGUACGAGGAYGUCAUCGAGGACUGGUACCGGCACCACCAGCAGGAAGACCUCUCGCAGUUCCUCUGCGCCGACCGCGUGCUCAAAGGGAAGGACGCAAGCUGCCUGGCAGAGACGUGGACGGGCAAGAAGGGCGACCCGGCCAGCGUAGGGCAGAAGCAGAGCAAGAAAAAGAGCGGCAGGAAGAAGAAGAAAGGCAGCAAGGAGCAGAGCGCGGGAGCCAGCAGCCUGCYGGGCAGGGAGGAGAGCCCCGAGGAGAGCGGGGUGCAGGAGGAGGCCCCGCUCGCGCACAGCCCCGCCGACGAGCUCUAGGCGUGGGGGCCUCUGCGCAGCGCCCCAUGCUGAAGGACAAGGGCUCUGGGCGCCACGUACCUGACUGCUCCG